AUGUCUGAAGAAAAUGUUUAUGCUCGCCAAAGCUCCAGCUCAAGUAGUUGCCAUGGUUCGGAGGAGAGUAUAACAAUUGCAACUAUACUUUCAAAAGAAAUCUGUGAAAAUGGGUCACUGGGAAAGCGACUAUCUCAUUUAGAUUCCAUUCCCGUAAGUUAUCUUCAUUUGAUUUCCGAAUUUCCUUCAUGAUAAACCUUUAUCUUAUUGUUUUCUUCCAUGUCAGAAAAACUUUUCAUCCCUUGUCUGAAGGUUGGAAUCUUCGAAUCGAUCUUCUGUUUCUUUUAAUGGCACCAUAAUAUAUAUUAUAAAAAAUAUAAAUAAAAAUUCGGUACUUCCGCUAUCAAAAAGAUCACUAUUGGCCCAAUAUGUCUAUUAGUGCUUGUUCUACGGUGCUUGUGUUUCAGUAUGGAUUCGCUUUGUUGGUAGAAAAAAAUGAAACAAAAGCUGGAGAUCUCUGUGAAGAUGACCCAAGUGAUUUUAUUUAGGAUCUCCAAAUAUAUCCUACCAAAGGAAAGAUGUGGGCAGAGAGCUUGAUUAGAGAAUACUACCUUGUUGGCAUUAAUUUCCAAAGAUCGUGAGAUGGACACAUAAAGUAUUUCAGUUUACACGGCCAAUUCCAGUUAUGGAUCCUGUAGUAGUACCUUUUCAGUAAUAAAAUCCUUGGGUUUAGUAUGAACUAUCACACAGUUGUUAACGCCCCGCCAUGACAGAUGAUAUAACAGGCAAAACGGGCAUAAUUGCAAAAUAUGUGGACCAUGUAAAACAAAAACGUCAUAGUUGCUUCGUAACAUGAGCAAGCAUUGUGUCUGAUCUUAACUAACCAUAACCAGACGCUACAGUAAAAUAUGUUGUCUUAAUCAAUGGUAACGGGUUUAAGUUUGAUGUCAUAUAGAUUUACAGCUGCCAAGUGGGUCAUGUUUGUGUUUUAGAAACCUUUGAGUAUCCUUUUAACAGUUAUUGGCUCAGUAUGAGUACUGAUGGCUUCAGCAUAACUUAAGCUAAGAAUAUUUUUUUACCUUAAUAGUUGUUGGGCAAGCCCAACUCUAUGUUUGUAUUGUCAAAUUCAUUUCGUCAAAUUUCAUAAUCUGGAUCUUUUUCUUUCUUAUUUGACUUCGUCGUUUUUCUUUUGGGCAGCACCAACCUCGUGUCAAUGGAGAAAUCCCUGAUCAGGAUAAUGCAACUUUGGAUCAUGGGAUGUUGUUGGAAAGGUUUCCAUUUAAAGCUUCUCUUCGUCCAUAGUGGAGGAGUUUACAUUUUAGACUUCUGAAAUCAAGGACAUAAGAUUCUACUUCAGUAUUGUACAACAUCUUUGAAUUGAGCAACUUACUGGGUGGAUUUCUGAGAGUAGAAGUGUACAAUGAAUCACGGGGGCAACCUUCAUAAAAGAUUAGGAAAUAUAUCCAGUAUCUCCUCCUUCAAGAGUUCUAGUAAAGGAAUGUUUCUAGUUACAUUUUCCUGAGUUUAGAAAAAAAAGGCUAUGCCACUUGCAUUUUCUGGAUAGUUAGUAUAAAUGUCUUCAUUAUUAUCGUAUCGUUUUUGUGUGGCUUAUACAUUCCAUUUUACAUAAUGAGAUUUAUUCUGACUAUUUUCAAACUUAUAGCUUGUUUGUGUUGGUAUUAUGCCAGAUUGACCAUGUAUGGUUUAGCUGAGUUUCAAAUUGAAGGAGAUGGAAAUUGUCAGGUUUGUAGAAUAAAAGUUAAUAUCUCAUUUUUUAGCUUGUUUUGGUUUCUAGCAGUAUGCACGAGCUCUUUUAUUUUGCGAAGUCUAUGAAGGGAAAAUCAGUCCCGAAAACACACUGACCCUCAGAUGUAGAGCUACUGGUCUUGUCAGCAUGGACCCUUUUCUAGUCUUCUCUAAUUAGUAUUUCUGUUCUGUAAAUGCCAAAGCCAUUUUGGAAACUCAUAAUUGGUAUUUUAAAAUGGAAAAAAAGGAACAUUUAUUUUUGCAUGGCCACACUAUAUUUGCGUUAAGACGUAUUCUUUUGUUGGACAGUUUCGAGCUAUAGCAGAUCAGCUGUUCAGGAACCCUGAAUACCAUCGACAUGUGAGGAAGGAAGUUGUGAAACAGGCAUGAUUUUUUUUCCUUCUACUCGCACAUAUUUUGUUUUAGCCAUUCAUGGAUUGAAUCGUUUUUUGUUGUUGAAAAAGAAAAAGUAGUUUGAUGAUACUCUACAUAUGGUUCAUCUCAACCUAGUAGUUCGAUUGUUAUUACCAUGGCAGUUAACCCCGUAUGUAACAUCAGAACCUUGAAAAUGAUAUUUUUUUUCCAAUCGUCCUUUAAGUUUUUUUAAAUCAAUUACAUGGGAUUUCAUCAUCUCAGGCUUAUUCAACCUCCAGUGGUCAUUUUUUAUGCAUGAGUGUUUGAUCGAUUCAUUUAUUACUAAUGCACUUAAUAACAGCAUUAAAAUUCGUUUCAUUAAAGUUAAAGCAUUAUACAGAUGUGGUCUGAUGUAUCCCGUGAAUUAGGUAGCCUUCGAGAUUUUCGUCACCCACGACUGCUCAUCUGACUUAAUACGUUGGAUAAUAUGAUAAAUAUGUGUAAAACUUAGUAAAAAAACAAUUUAUUGCUCCCGAAUUAUGUGUUCCGUGUUUUAGAAGUAAAACCACUAGUAUUUUAUAAGUAUUUUUCCCUCUUGUUAUAUCGAUGCUUUCUUUUAUGGACUCUAAAAUAUUUGAUUUUCCAGGAUAAAGAACCUUGUCAUUCUGGCCUUCAAAUUUCCGCUUCCGUGUUGUCCCUCCUGAUUGCUCCUUACAAAAGGGCUAAAUGUGUGAUAUGUUUCAAUGGUACUGAUCUUGUUGUUUUUCUUUCAGCUGAAAAUUUACCAUAAUUUGUAUGAAGGCUAUGUUCCAAUGAGCUACAAAAGUUACUUGAAGAUGAUGAAAAGGUUAUAUUUCUAUAUUUUUCAUUUCACUUUGCAUUCUGUAUUUGCAGACUUGUCAUGACGGUUCAGCUGGGAAAAUUUUCUGAUCUAUUUACGCAAGGACUUGUCAUUUCUUUUAGAUCUGGGGAAUGGGGAGACCAUGUCACCCUACAAGCGGCUGCUGAUCGGGUAUUGCUUCCAUAUUAAGUUGGUUUAUUCCAGUAGGGUUAAUAUUUUUUUUAAUCUAAAAUAUUCGUUUGAGAUUUGAAGAUUCUCUGAAAGUUGUGAUCUAAUGGGAUCGGCAGUAGGAACUAGAUGGGGACAUAUGGUCAGGAUAGGGCUAACCCUCAUAUGUGUUUCGCGUCCGUCUAGUUUAAGAGGAUCAAAUGAUUAAUGCAGCAGUGUGCGUGUCACUAGUAGGUACUCUUGUAAAUGGUGGCAGGGUUUGAACAAGUAUAUUUCUGAUUUGAACAUCAAAAGGAAUCUCUGAAAUAAAUGGAGAGCACGAUAUACGUUUACAGCAUCUCCUAAUGGAUCCAUUAACACUCCGUCCGAGGUUAGUUCUAUGAACAAUAGUGUCAAUUCCUUAAAUGACGUAGCAGUUUGACAUGAUGGGGAGCUCUUGAAGAGUGGAUUGCGAUUUAUUUUUCCCGCAUUUGGCUAAUAAUUAGGUUGACGUUUUUUUGGUCCCAAUCAAGUUCUCUAUAUCUUGUAUCUGUAGUUCUGACUGUUUUUCUGAAAAUGUCUUCUUUAUCGUUGAUAAUUUUUGUCCUUAACACGCUUAUGAGCUCAUUUAUGAUCCAAAUGGAAUCCAUUAAAUUACAUUUAUUUAGAUUCAUUGGUUCAACCUAUUUUCUGCAAAUAUAAAUUCAUUUGGUCUGGGAUUGGUUAGAUGUGACAUGAAAAUGAUGCGAUAUGGUUAGGUUUUUACUCCUAGUAAAUAUGCCUCAUGUAAAAGAUGUAUGGCGUACCCUUUUUUUUAAGAGAAAAAAUUCUGCUUUGUACCACGUCUAUCUUUAACAAGUAUCUUAGAUGACCCAUAUCUACCGUCAUAAGUUGACUAUUAAGAUGCCUAGUUAACUUAAGGACUUCAUAAUCGCUGCCAAAAUGGGGAAUUUCAUCCAUAACAAGACUUGAAAGCGCUCAAUAAAAAAAUAAAGAGUGAUCAAUACGACUCCUAGAACCAAAUGCUUCAUUGCCGAAUAAUGACUCCUGAACCAAACCUGUGGCCUGUGGCUAAGGACUUAGAUUGCCUAUGCUAAGUUUGCAUUCUAUUGUGAAGACUUCUCCUAAGAAAAAAAACUUUAGAGUUUCCUGUGUGGACACAUCAUCGAGUUAUCCAGCCAGCAAGCACAAGAUACAAAUCGUACAUAACAUAUGCCACUCAUAAUACUUUUAAAGACCUAAUAACAAGAUUAAAUAACAACGUGUAGUAUUUGGAGGAGCCAAAUCUCAAGUGCCUUGAUAGUUAAGGGCAAGCAUGUACUCCAUCUCACGUCUCUAAGCCAGGUCCUUUAUUGGUUUUCGAUAAUUCCUUUAUAGUAUUCCGCAGUGAAACCAAGUGAUGCAGACGAUACAUUGCAUAAGAUGCGAUCAUGAGGAUUAGUCAUAUCAGCUUUAUUAACAGUAAUGGUUCAACAAGAUUUUAGCUUGUUGAGAAAGGAUGAUCUUCAUUAGGCAUUGGUGGAUAUCUGGAUACAAUAAAUGACUAAGUUCCUUUCUGAUAAAGAAAAACCCUUCCAAGCUAAUUGGGAGGAAAUGGAAGCCAGAUGAGGGAAUAAUAGAGGGAACAGAUAAAAAAUGAGCUUGAAUCACUAUUAAGAAGGUAACAUCAGCCCUAGUGCAAGUCUUUCAAGAAAUUUGAUCGAGACAUUGGCACCCUUUUUAGUUGCAUAGUUAUCCAGAAAUAAGGCUAGACUGACAACUUGGAGAGAGAGUUUAUUUUAAUCAGGGGUAAGUAUAUGGGCAUGGGAUACAUAACCAGUGAGUCGACUAGUCAAGUGAGACAAAGGUGAAUUAGGAUGAAUAUUCUUACUAUAAAUUGUAUUGUUGAGAACAAAAAAUGGCGUGGCACUAAGCAGAUUAUAUGAGGUAGGGACCACAUCGAUCUGAAGAGAUAUGGAUUAACAUGCACACAUAUUAAUUUUCUAAGAAGCAUUAAUAAAAUGUCAAUUUUUAUACUGAGAAAUGGAAUUCUAUUGAAUGGUAGGAACAUGAAAAGUUUGAUGAAUAUUACCACAAUUUUUUUUAAAUCUAUGCAAUUCAUUAUUCAAGCAUUCUAAUGCUUUAUCUACGACAGUGAAAAACUAGUGAUAUGAUCAAAUAUAGAUGGGGCUACGCGUUUUACCGCCGAAUCCUGGUGCUUAGAUGGCUUAAGAUUUUUGUAAGAUGUCUGCAAGGAUAGUAGCUCUUCACUAGCUGUAGUGUAGGCACAUGUUUGCGUAAAUGAUCUCAGAUUUCCUUCACAACUUUCGUCAAUUUCACAUCUGCACUAGAUUCUUUAUGUAUUCGACAUCUCAUGAGAUUAUAGAAUAGUCAUAUUUCAGUUCUGCAUUAAGUUUCUCAUCUACAGAGUAAUUUGUUUCAUUAAUCAGAUGCUUGUAAAGAGAUCCAAAAAAUAUUCAGAAAGAAUGAACCCAUGUAACAUAGUUCUACUCAUCUAGCAUCAUCGUCUUGUAAUUUGAAAUUUUUUUAUCCGUGGAGAACGAAGUCAUAAUACUUCUGCAGAAUAUUUCAACAAUACAAUAGAAAAAAGGACGGCACCAGUGGGAAUAGCGGAAUUUUAUAUAAUCGACCAUCAUAAGUUUAAGAGUAUAAACUCUUAAAUAAGAUUAUUGGGCGAGAAGAGCGGCAAGAUUAAGAGCAUCGUACUAAUGUGUUGUCUCGUGGUAAUCUGGUUCAUCUAGUAGAUGAAAACAUGAUGAUACAAUUCAUAACCGUUCUCCCUUUUUAACUAUCUUUCUCUUGCACAGAAUUUCCAAUCUCUUUAAACCAUUCAAUCCUAGACCUAAUCUGUAUUAACUGCACAGUACUUUCUAUUGUGAUUUAUAUCUAAAUUUUUAAUCCCUUGUAAUGGUUACCAAAUCAAUUUCCAGAUUGAGAGGGAAAGUAAGAGAACAGCAUUGAAUCAUGUUGACUUGGGAGUGACUUGGAUUUUCAAACUCAGUUGUGACUCAGACUGUCUUCGACAACUGGGCUCAAGUUGUAGGAAGACAUUGAUUAAAAUCCUGUAUAAAUAGCAUCUUCUAUCGUAUACUCUUUAACAUGGUAACUUGUCCAGUCCCAUGCAGAUCAGGUUCCAGUAGGUAACGUCAAAAAACAGAAUUGGAGGUAGAUCAUUUAAACAAUCUCGAGCUAAAGGCUGUUUCAGGAGGCUUUCAUCAUGAUUAGAUUCCCCAAAUGAUUUUUCUGAAUUUCUUUGAAACCUUCUAUUGAUAUUUUACCUACUGUUUAUAUCAUCCAAUAAAUUGGAAUGGAAAAAUUCAGUGAGUUCUAACACUGAAAUCCGGCAAUGCCCAAACCUCCAGAAAUCUCUCAUCUUGCUAGACUACUCAAUUCAUUUCCUUUUUCUUUCAUUCCGGUCCUCGAAGAUAAUUAGAAAAAUGGAAAUGUUUCUUGUGAAGUAAAUGAUUCUCAUAUCACCUAUUUACACUGUGGAUUUAAUUCUCUGGAUAACAUAGGGAGUUCAAGUACAAAUCAAUGUCUGCUUGUAGUAAGUGCCAUCUUCAGUGCAUUUAGGUUUACCUCUGCCUAUUUAGUUGCCUAUUCCGGACAUGUUAUAUGGACUUGAUAUUGAUCCGGAACUUGAAGUCAUAAUGUUGGUCAGACAACCAAAUCUAAUGAAAAAUCUCCUCUUUCAUUUGUUUUUGUGUCCCAUUUUAUGUAUGCAUUAAGGAUGCUUGUUUUCCUUUCUCCCUUCCCACGCUAGUUUUCGCACUCGAUCGUUUUCCUAUGCAUAGUAUUUUAAAAUCAAUCCAAAAAUAUAAAAUAACAGUCACGAUGUUAAGAAAAGCUUGAUGUCUGAAAACAAAUGCGUUUGCUAUUCUUUAUUAGCUUUAGGCUUUAAAGAGCUUUUGAUGAAAGACCACUAUAAAGAGUGAAAUCUUCAAAAUCUUUCACCUUGAGCAGGUUGUAGUUCCACAAGCUAACGAUCAGUUAACAUAGGGAGUUAUAGUUAACACUGUUGUCUUAAGUGAACCUUUUUAAUUAUAAUAUUACUAAAUUAGAUCAUUAACGUUAUGUUUCAUCCCCAACAGUUCAAGGCAAAGAUCUGCCUGAUAACUUCUUUUAGGGAUACGUACUUCAUCGAGAUUACGCCCAAAGAUCAAGUUCCAUCAAACGGUACUCUCUCUAUCUCUAUAUCUAUCUCUCAUAAAACGUGUAUAAAUGCAUUCAUUCUUUAGUAUUAGUGGAAAUUCUCAUGUUUUUAUCAAAAUUGAUUCUUUUGGGUUGUUGUUAGUUGUGCUGGAUUUCCAUUCUUGAUGAACUCUGAACUUGAGGGGUCGAAUCCUUACUAGACUGCAUUCUAAUGGAAAGGACCAGAUGGAAAGACACUUCAUUCUCAUCCCUUUCUUCACUCAAAACCCAUAAUGUUCCCAGCAAGCAGAUAAAGCUUCACAAACAGCCCAACCACAAGCCCUCAAAGCCACAAGGCUCCUCGUAGCUUGUAAAUCUGGCUUGGAAGAGUCUAUGGCUCGAUCUUAACUUCUUCUGAUGCCUUUUUUGUGCUCUGUCUUUCUCCUUACUCCCUCUACCUCUCAAGAUCUUUCUUAUACUUGGAAUAAAAAAUUGGAACAAGAAUGGGGAACGUUUCUCUCUCUCUCUCUCUCUCUCUCUCCCUCUCUCUCUGCCCUUUUCCCCUUUCCUCCAUUCAGCUAACUCCUUACAGUACACUGAUUCUGAAGUGGGGACAAGCAUAUCCUUUGUGUAAGAGGAAAAUUUUCUGAAGCACUUAGAGGUGGUUCUUAGGCUUCUCAACAUUUCGUGUUAUUCAGAGACUGAUGAGAUUUACUCCCCUAUUACGGUGAUGAGAAAUAAAAAGAACAGAUUAAUCACAUUUGAUCCACGACGUCCUGAUAAUCUCCAGAUUCCAUGGUCAUAGGAAGUUUUCCCCAUCUAUAUCCAUAUAGGCCUCCCCAUGUUCAUACAACGUUGCCUAGCUUAGCCAUUUCCCAUGCUAUUCUGUUCUGCAUCUGCCCAAGACCCAUUGAUUUUUUUCUCUCACUGUGCCUCUCUUUGGAAACUAAGGGGGCUUCUUUCAUGAUUUGGUUAUACAAACUUUUAUUUUUAGACAGAUUACAUUUAAAUUGAACUUCUGCUGCCUUUUUCGCGUUGGAAUGAAUAUAUUUAAAAUUGCUAUCACCCACUACUACUGAUUCCCAAGACUUCACGCCUCCUGUCCCAGAGAUUUGGCUGAGCUUUUGGAGCGAAGUUCACUACAAUUCCCUCUAUGCAGCCGAUGGUAAUAAACAUCCCCAGAUCUUCACUUAAACUCUUCCCAUACUCUAUGAUCCGCAAGAUGAGCUAGCUGGCUUACGCACAUUCGUAGAUGUCCCAGCUCGGGUGACAAAGAGAAAGCACUGGCUUUUCUAG